AUGUACGCCACGCGAUUGCGGGUAGCAGCCGCAGCUCGCGGGCUGCCGCGACAUCUGUCGAAGAAGCAGGCAGCGGUAUUCAGCAUGACAUCGCGCCAAUUGAUCGAGUCCCCAGCUGCCUCGAAAACCCCCGCUGACUCGACUGCGUCGCCCGCGAUGCCAGAGGCGACGACAACGACGACAACCGCCAACACCCAGACGGCGCCGCAAGAGACCAAGGGCCCAGACCCGAUAGCCGUCGUGCAGGCGCCGAACCGCGCCGAGGUCUGGUCCCGCAGCCAGCGGCCGCGCUCCGUGGCCAUGACGGGACCCAGGUUCGAGCAGACUGAUUUCGAGCUGCAGCCCCGGCCGUACGCCGCUAUCGAGCUCAUCCACCAGCAGCCCGUGCGGUGGACGCACGACCGGAUCGUGGCCUGCGACGGAGGCGGUGGGCCGACCGGACACCCCAAGAUUUACAUCAACACGGACAAGCCCGAGAUCGCGACGUGCAACUACUGCGGGCUGCCUUUCGCAAACGAACAUCACAGAGAACACCUCGAAUCCCUGCCGGAGACAUCGUAUCCGCUCUCCGCGUAG